AUGGCGGAUGUCCUCGGGGCGCAGAGACCGGUUCCCAACGGCGGCCCGGAGCCCCGGGACCCGCUGGACUGCUGGGCCUGUGCCGUGCUGGUCACCGCCCAGAACCUGCUGGUGGCCGCCUUCAACCUCCUCUUGCUGGCGCUGGUGCUGGGGACCAUCCUGCUGCCGGCGGUCACCAUGCUUGGCUUCGGCUUCCUCUGCCACUCCCAGUUUCUGCGCUCCCAGGCUCCCCCUUGCACCGCGCACCUGCGGGACCCGGGCUUCACGGCCCUGCUGGUCACCGGCUUCCUGCUGCUCGUGCCGCUGCUCGUCCUCGCGCUGGCCAGCUACCGCCGCCUCUGCCUGCGCCUCCACCUCGCCGACUGCCUCGUGCCCUACAGCCGGGCCCUUUACCGGCGCCGGCGCUCCCCGCAGCUGCGGCAAAUCCGGGCAUCCCAGGCCGUCCCCACAUCAGGAAAGGUGUGGGUGUGA